AUGAGUAACUGGAGAAGACAAAAACCCAGAAACAACAACAAUCAUCAUCAUUAUCAUCAUCGACAAGGCACGACGAUGACGCAAUCGUCAAAGCCGCCUCUUGCUAACUGCAGACAGUCUGUACCUGCGUGGGAGAAGGAAUUCUGUGCCAAGAUUGGUUUAGUUCCAUGGUCGAGAGUUCUAGAGGCGAAGCAGUCUAUGUAUCUGUACGGUAGAGUCGUCCAAUGGGACGAUUCAGCUGGUGAAGAUGCUUUCAAGAACGCUAAAUCUCGGUUCUGGGCAGAGAGAAAUGGGUUUCCUUGUGACCUGACUCUGCCUGAUCCUGAUGUCUACAUUGAUGACGUUGAUUGGGAUGCUGAAGUGGACACUGAACUGAUUCUUGACCUCGAACGUCGUGGUCCAGCUCCGGUAAGAAAAGAAGGAGAAGAACCUGUCGUGAUUCUUGAUGCUUUGGUUUUACCUGAGCAGUAUAGCGGAGUCGGUUGGGGAACCGGAUGGGGAGACGCUGAAGGGAUCAAUGCGGAGAAUGUUGCUAAUGGUAAACCGGAAAACUCAUGGGAUGAUCAGAAACGUGAUGGAUGGGAUUAUGGUUUGAAUCUCAACAACAACAACAGCUUCAAAAACGAAGCUUGGGGUCACAACAACAACAACAACUUCAAAAACGAAGCUUGGGGUCACAACAACAACAACUUCAGAAACGAGUCUUGGGGUCACAACAACAACAGCUUCAGAAACGAAGCUUGGGGUCAUAGGAACAGCAACGGGUUCAACCAGAAGAAGGUUGAGAAUUGGAACUGUAAGGAUCAAGGAAGAGAGAGCAGAGAGUGGAGAAAGAGGGGAGCAGUGCCGCGUGGAGGAGACAGGGUGGAGGAUUGUCGAUGGAGGAAUGGGAGAGGGAGAAGCAGAGGUGGGUUUCAGCAGCAAUCCAAUGGUUGGGGCUGGACUGAGACCUUCUGA